AUGGGAACUAAAAGAAAGAGAGUGAUAAUGCAGGCAGGAUCCCUUUUGAAUCCCAUCUUUCGGUACAUAUUGAAGAUGAAUUUCGUUGCCAAUCCCACUGAUAUCCAUGGGACGAGAUUACUAAGACACUUGCAAUAUUAAACAAUGAAUAUGAAUAAGAAAUUACAUCAACCCAACUUUGAAUCUACUUAUAGAGAGUCAGUCGAAUGCAUCUCCAGUAAAUGGGAAAUCAAGUUUGUGAAUGGAUGGGAAAGGACCUUCUAUAUGAAAUAUGCGGACAUGUCGACUUUGCAUCAAACAAUAAGACAAUACAAUCAUUUCAUAGAAGGACAAAGAGCUCUCUAAGGAGAAGAUGAUGAGCCCGAUGAUACCCUAUUAUAAUAUUGAAUAAAAUAUAUUGGAGAAUAAUCAGUGCGGGAUUUAUUAUAUUUC